CCAUGACAGUUGACCCUGCGCCCACGCCCUCCCCCGCCGCACCCACGGCCGCCGUGCCUGCACAGCCCGCCACGGGGCCAGGCGUGGGAGGGCAGGAAGGGGGCGAGGCAGAGAGCAAGGGGAGCGCGGCAGCAGCUGAGAAGGGCACGGAUGAAGCAUGGGGGCCCAAGGGGGAGUCCGCCGCAGCAGAGGGAGAGAAAGAGGAGGGAGCAGCAGCCGGAGCAGCUGCAGCAGCAGCAGCAGCAGCAGCGACAGCAGCGGCGGUGGUGGUGGCGAAGCAUCCGCUGCAGCAGCGUUGGACGCUGUGGUUUGACAACCCCCACCAGCGCGGCAAGAGUGGCGGGUGGGGCACGUCGAUGCGGCAGAUCUACACCUUCGGCACCGCUGAGGACUUCUGGAGCCUGUACAACAAUGUGACAUCAGCAGCCACUCUUCCCCCGAGGAUGGACAUGCAUCUCUUCAAGGAGGGCAUUGUGCCCAAGUGGGAGGACCCUCAGUGCGAGAAGGGCGGCUCCUGGACCGUCUUCUGCCGCACCAAAGACAUGUUUGACAACGUGUGGCUCAACGUGCUGCUGGCGCUGAUCGGCGAGCAAUUCACAGAGGCGGGGGACAUUUGCGGUGUGGUAGCCAAUGCUCGGCCCAACAAGGACCGAGUGGUGCUGUGGACCAAGACAGCCAGCAACGAGGCAGUGCAGGUGAGCAUCGGGCGGCAGCUCAAGGAGAUCGCCGGCAUUUCCGAACGGAUUUCAUACUCCUCCUUUACGGAUCAGAAGUUUUCGUCGAAAGCCAGUCAGGGUUAUGUUGCUUGA